AGCCUGUGUGACCACAGCUCUGCAGUGAUCCACAUCAGUCCACUCGGGUUCUUCCUCCACACAUAGUUAGUCUACAUCUACCCCCUCUUCUACUGCAAACUAUCCGCACCAGGUGCAGACAUCAUCUGCCCACUCUAAAGGUUACUAUUUUCCAUCUUUGAGCAGUUUUCCACUUAAGGUCGGAGAAAUGGCAGCAAUUCCUUCAAGUGGCUCUCUCAUCGCCACACAUGACUACUACAGAAGACGUCUAGGAUCCAACUCCAGUAACAGCUCUUGUGGGAGCGCCGAAUACACUGGAGAGGUCAUUCCACACCAUCCAGCGCUUCCAAGGCAAGACUCUGGUCACUGGUGGACUUCGUUCUUCUUUGCAAAGCAGAACCAGAUCGCUAUGCCUAACGGAUCUGAAAAUCAGAGGAACGGAUCCUACACGGUGACCAACGGCCAAGUGACCUGCAUCGCUCAGGAACUGGUUAGGACCAGACAACUCAGCGAAAGCAGCGACAAUGGAAAACAAGAACCCAUGUCCCCUCCACCAACAUCCUCCUAGUCCUCAGUUACCCCCACCCCCAUCCCUCCCUCGCACUUUCCUCACCAUCCACCUGCCGCCACUCACAUAGUCCAGCAGUGGAGAUGUAAUGAUGGCCGGUAGUGGUGAUGGUGUUUCAUUACCUUUAGUGAAACAUUUUAUUUGUCCUUUAUGCCUGUAUAUAGUAUGUUUAUAUCAUGACCAAAAGUUAUUAAAAAAAACUCAUGCAUGUGAAAACAUUUUGUAUGUAUAUGUUGUAAUAAAUUACAACUGAUAAUAAAUGCCUCUUGUCACCA